AUGACUCGCGACGCUGCUUCCCCAAGCGGCAGCAGCUCGUCUUCUGGUUUCUCCAGCGACGACUCCAUCGAGAACGUCCCGGCGUGUCCAUCUGCCUCGUCUCACGCUCCGAACGUUCGCGUAGAAGUACUAGACGAGUGUAAUACGAACGUCUCACCGGUCCUUGAGUCCAAACUUGACGCGUCUAUAGCUUCUCUGGAUGUUCUUCAGUGCUGCCGUGAUGCCGCCGAGUCAAUCACAAGUUCUUCAGUACCCCAAGACGUACCCUAUGAGCAGUUCACGGCCGCUAUUGGCCACGUGACGCUCCAUUGGCCGUCUCUGGACACGGGAUCGAGAGCUCAAGAGCUGGCGGAAGACCGACUCUCAGCGUACGCUGCGCUCCGUGCUGCAGUUUAUCGGACGUUUCAUCGGGCAUUUCCAUUGACCGGGGAAAUGUACAGCCAGUGGAUCAGUGAUUGCAGUGCAAAAGGAGACUCGAUUGAGUGUGUCAAGUCGCUCUUUGAACUGGCUCAUCAGGACUACUGGUCCGUCUCACUGACGUUGCAGUAUCUCCGAUUUGUGAGAGAACACGGCGACAAAAUGGAGCUGGAAGCUGCAAUGAAGAAAGCACAGACGACGCUAGGGACGCACUUUGCACGAGGGCAUGAGGUCUGGGCUCUCUGUCGGGAUCUGACGGCGGAACUGUGUGACGAACAGGACGAGCGUCAGGACGUACGUCUGGAGAAAGAGAGAGCGAUUCGAGACCUCUUUUGUCGACAGAUGCAGCUGCCAUUAGAGCAGAACGACCUGGUCAUGUCGGAGUUUCGAGCUUGGAACGCGUACAACACGCUUGAUGUAGAAGCUGCGAGAUCGGCGGUCGAAGAGGCGUCAAACCGACAGAGCAAGACCUUUGGACCAGUAAUGAAGAAGCUACGUGGGUUCGAGGUGAAGGUUCAAUCGGUGGGCGAAGCCGCGGCACCUGAAGUGGCGUGGCUGCAGUACUUAAAUUUCGUCAAGCACCGCGUUGUGCCAUUGAUGAGUGGGAAGGCUGGACCAGAAGAAGGAAGACAGGUUGUCGUGUGUCUGUACGAGAGAGCAGUGGCGGUGGUGUGUCUGGGGCCCACGCUAUGGGCUAGUUAUCUCGAAUACGUGGAGUCUAACCAACUUGUUGCUGAUAAAUCGAAGCAAAGGGGUUUUGAGAAGCUAACGAUCGCCCGAAGAGCUGUACGAAAUGUGUCGUUUGACUCUUCUAUCUGGAUUGAGCUGUUGAUCGAGAUGGAGCGCAAGGGCACACCUGCAGACGAGAUUUUGGAGUUUGCGCGACACGAGUUACUAGUUCGCUUGAGGUCACCCAUGGAUCAAUACCAUUUGUUAGGCGUGCUGCUCACAUUGUGUGACAUAAUGCGCCGUCACGUUUGCACCAUCAUUCACGACAAGACUCCUGAUAUCUCGAUGUCCCAGGUCGAGUCACUAGUCGGUGGAGUGUUUUCAGAAUGCGGACACUUUAUUAACAAGACCUUUCCGGACUUUGCUGAGGGCAAGUUACGACUGACAGAGUACCAAGCGAAGUGCUAUUGGGCACUGAUGCCACCUGUCGAAGUUCCAGCGCAAUCGCCUGCAACAGCAAUGAAAGUGUCCGAACAAAUUAAACUCUGGAAGAAGACGCUUACUACACCUCUUAGAAGCCAGGUCGCAACGUGGAUCGCCUACAUGGAGUCGAUUCGACGCACGAAUGCAUUUUCGAUUGAUCGCAUCCGCACAAUGGUGUUUAAAGAGGCUGUGCAGUGUGUGACAGAUGUCCCUAAUGCGCUGGCUGAGGCAUGGCUUGUUUUUGAGCGUGAGUAUGGUGAUUUAGCAAGCUAUCUCCGUGCACGGCAAUAUCACGCGAAGAACCAGGCGGUUGCGCAAGCUAAUUGGGUUCAAGUUGCCGCACCUUUGACAAGUGCUACGCACGGAGAAGGAGACAAACCGGCAAAAGGCGGUAAAAAGCGUAAAGCUCCUAUCGAAGCCAAGCAAAAGAAGGAAUUACAGAAGCAAUCGGCUGUAAAGCGUGCGAAGCAUGAUACUAGCAAUGCCAGUAGAGACGAUGCUGGUGCCUUGGAUGUGGAGCACUUCACACCGGUGCAAAGAGCGAAGAAGAAGCAGGUACACGAGCACUUGACAAACGAGCACACGCUUUUCGUGUGCAACGUGUCGAAGAAUGCUAGUAAAGAUGAGAUUGAGGAAAUAUUCAGGGACAUUCCAACGUUGAAAGAUGUGCGACUUGUUGCAAAGACGCGCGGUGAUCGAGUCAAGUCGCGUGGUAUGGCAUACGUACAAUUUGCGGACGACGCUGGCGCUGAGGCAGGACUCAAGAAGAAUGGAUGCUUGCUGCACCAGCAGCCUUUGCGUGUUGAGCGCUCAAAGCCGCCAGCAAGUGCCCCCUCCAACGGUGGUGGUUUGAAGCCGAGCGGUAGUGAAGGGUUUUGGAAAACCGAUCCAUUGACUUUCUACGUUGGCAACUUGAAUCGUGAGGGAUCUAAGGAGCAAGUGACUGAGGAGCAACUUCAGGCCUCGUUUCAGCAAGCAAUGCAGUCCGUGGGUGAGCAUGUGGUGGUAAGCCGUGUAUCUAUACUGAAAGAUCGUCAUGGCAAAUUGAAGAACUACGGCCUCGUGGAAGUGGCCGAGCCUUCACAUGUUGCAAUUUGCUCAGGCAAUGUAGCGGCACUCCAAGAAAAGCUAGGCGACCAAGUGACGCUGAAGCCAUCUCGCUUUUCGAUUGCUCACAUCCUUGAGCAGCAGCAAAAACAGCAAAAGCAGAAAGAGCAGCGAAAAAUGGGUGGAGCUUCUUAUGAGACUCGUGGAGGAGCCGCUAGCAGAAGCGAAAACGUGUUGCAUUCACGACCGUCUACACGCCUGGUUCUUCCAUCGGCUACAAGCUUGAUGCCGCGCGCACUUCGCCGGAAGCUGGCUGCGCAACAAAAAGAAGCAAGUAAAACGGAGGCGGGUUCCAGCUACGAAAGUGUGACACCCAAGAGUAACGAAGACUUUCGCAAGAUGCUGUUUGACAGCUAG